ACUACCCUCUAUAGUGAGUUAGGGAAACGGGGGGUUGCGCGAGUGUAUUCGUCGCGACGUUAGGCGAUCAGCUGUGCGCUGUUCGUGGCGGACAUUCCUCGUGCGGUGUGGUGUCGGACGCCAGGAAGUUUCAGCAACAACGGAGAACACAGCCAGUCGAGUAACGCGUAACGAAGCACCGAACCGAGCGGAAAGCGUGAACGCGCGCGAGGUUACGCGGUGGCGGCGAUAAAUCGGUAGUAUUUUCGGGGCGAAGGGGGGGGAGGGCACAAGUGAGGCAUGACGGGAACAGGUGACAAUAGAGCUUCGCCAUGUUAGAUUUCACGAGAUCGCGAAACGUGCGCCGCUGCUGCUGCUGCUGGUGCUAGUGGAGAGAGAGAGAAUUUAUUUUGUUUUCUCGACUCUCGUGCUACUUUCCUCGGCGGUGAUCCAACUGAAAAUCAUCCAAGCUGGAUAGGUUACCCGAGUAUCUCCGCGAUACCGUGGACUGGUUUAUGGGAGUGCAGCGAAAAAUAUUAAACUUGCCAAUGAGACGAUCUCCGUUAGGCAAAGGCCAACGAUUGUUCCCCAGAAUACCUGUCGUGCUAACGAAAUCGGGGGCGCACCCAGUCCAAGGAUAACAAUCGAGGUCUGCCUUUGACCACAAUUUUCCUCGAAAGCACUGUUCCUCGGCCUCCGUCGUUAAUCACCAAUGCUGAAUCAGUGGACAUGCUCUCGAUGUCGUUUCACCUCGACCCAGAAGAGGAUCUCACCAUGAACGCCUGUGAAAUCCGCUAUAAAUAAAGCUGGUUUGAGUACUAUGCGAAAGAUACUUCCGAAAAUGUCUAAGAACUCGUGGAAGUAACAGUUUGAAAGAAACAAGGGUGAGAAUUCUUUCCGUUUGGAAGGAAAACGCACGUGGACAAUUUUCUUGUUCCUUGAGGAAGUCGUUGGGUAAACGGGCGAGAACACCAGGCGAUUAGGUGUCGCGGGCGGUGUUCAAUGAGAACCGAACAAGAUUUGGUGCAUACCCAGCGUACGUGAAAAGAUCCUCGGGCACGAGGACGGGGCGCCGAAGAGAUCGUCCUCCACAACGACGAUCACCACGACGGCGAUGCUGCGCUCACCGGCGCGCGUCGUCCUCCAGGAUUCUUCCGCCUCGACGUCCUCGACGCUGUCGGCGCCGCCGACGCCGGUCCACCACGGCGCCGCCGCCAGCGGCUCCACUGCCUCCUCGCGACUUUCCCUUCUCGACACCUGCCACAGGAAGAUCAGGUUCUUCGGCGAGCUUGUCGCAAAAGCCCGACGAAAGGAGAAGGAUGCGGGAACAACAGAGGAUCCGAAACUGUACCUCGAGGAGGCGGCCCUCGAAAGGCAACUGCCCGAGCUGGACUUGAGGAUGUUGGUCGAUCUACCGCCAGGCUUGGACUAUAACGAGUGGCUGGCCUCCCACACUCUCGCACUAUUCGAUCAUAUCAACCUCGUUUACGGGACGAUAUCCGAGUUCUGCACCAUGACAGGCUGUCCCGACAUGACUGGUCCUGGCUUAAGGACGUAUUUGUGGUUCGACGAGAAAGGGAAGAAAACGCGAGUGGCAGCGCCACAGUAUAUAGAUUAUGUUAUGACUUUUACACAACGCACCGUUAGCGAUGAAACUAUAUUUCCUACGAAAUAUGCAAAUGAAUUUCCUAGCUCGUUCGAAUCGAUAGUGCGUAAGAUCCUGCGGCUAUUGUACCACGUGGUGGCACACAUUUACCACUGCCACUUCAGAGAGGUAGCACUCUUGGGGCUGCAUGCCCACCUCAACUGUGUGUUUGCCCACCUCACGCUGCUUAAUCAACGCUUCAACCUUAUCGACCCCAAGGAGACGGAGAUCUUAGGGGACUUAGAAGCUGCCCUCUUGGGACUAAUAACUGCGGUAAUUACUUUUCGUUUUCUUCGGUGUGACUCGACAUCAUCAUCUGCGCCUUCACAAACCUUAGCCAUCCAGGAAACUCCGACCACAACCACUUAGAUCGCAAUGCACAGCAAGCAAGAGGUUGCAGUUCCUGAGACUAGGUGACGAUAGGCGUUUGUUUUUCUCCAUUUUCUUUUCACUCUCCCUUGGUUUUUUCUUUCUUUCUUUUCCUUUUUAAAUAGAGUACGUGAACAACCGAGUUUAUAGAUAAAUGACUACACGCAGGUGGAGCGAAAGCGCAGUUCUGUAAAAACCAGUAGUACCUGUACAUAGCGAAGUGUGAACAACUACAAGAUGUAAUUAGGUUCCUCCGUUUGUUGUUUGUGAGAUUGUACAUAAUUUAUUAAACAGUAAGAUAUACGAAAGAGA